AGAGGCUGGCCUAGAAGGCGCCACAUCCGGCGGCUGUCCCGUGGUGCAUAAAGCCGCAGCCACUGCUGCCACCACCACCGUUGGUUUCCAGCAGUAGCGCUGGCCUCCUCUUGGCUGCGGGAGCAGCUGCUCCAAUGCUCUGGAGCGGCCAUGAGCGCCCCGCACUGGUGGGACCAGCUGCGGGCUGGCAGCUCGGAGGUGGACUGGUGCGAGGACAACUACACCAUCGUGCCUGCCAUCGCCGAGUUCUACAACACGAUCAGCAACGUCUUGUUUUUCAUUUUACCACCCAUCUGCAUGUGCUUGUUUCGUCAGUAUGCAACAUGCUUCAACAGUGGUAUCUACUUAAUAUGGACUCUCUUAGUUGUAGUGGGAAUUGGAUCCGUCUACUUCCAUGCAACGCUUAGUUUCCUGGGCCAGAUGCUUGACGAACUUGCAAUCCUUUGGGUUCUGAUGUGUGCUCUGGCCAUGUGGUUCCCCAGAAGGUAUCUGCCAAAGAUCUUUCGGAAUGACAGGGGCAGGUUCAAGGCCGUGGUCUGCGUCCUGUCUGCAGUUACAACGUGCCUGGCGUUUGUCAAGCCUGCCAUCAACAACAUCUCUCUGAUGACCCUGGGUGUUCCUUGCACUGCACUGCUCAUUGCAGAGCUAAGGAGGUGCGACAACGUGCGUGUUUUUAAGCUGGGCCUCUUCUCGGGCCUCUGGUGGACCCUGGCCCUCUUCUGCUGGAUCAGUGACCGGGCCUUCUGUGAGCUGCUAUCUGCCUUCCACUUCCCCUACCUGCACUGCGUGUGGCACAUCCUCAUCUGCCUUGCCGCCUACUUGGGCUGUGUGUGCUUUGCUUACUUCGAUGCUGCCUCCGAGAUCCCGGAGCAAGGCCCCGUCAUUAAGUUCUGGCCCAGCGAAAGAUGGGCCUUUCAUGGCCCUUAUGUGUCCCUCCUCUGCGCCAACAGAAAUCGCCAGUCAAGAUCACAUGAUGGCAAGCGGAGGCUUGGUCUCUCUAAGCAUUUUCCCGCGUGCACCUCAAAGUUCAUUUGCCAGCCAGGACAGCUGGGGACGUUCCCAGAGUCUGGGGUGGGGGUUUGUCUUUAAAAUUCUGUUCCCUUGGGUUCUAAUUAGUGUGUCCGUGGCCCACCACCCUCUGCGGUGCGUGGAGCAGCAGGCGACUUCCCUGUCCCGAAGGGGAAGGAGAAGGUUGAGGGGCCACUGGGGAUGUCCUUUCAGUGUCCCUCCAGCUGCAGUGCUUGUUUGGGCUGCGUCGUUUACGGUAAUGGCAGGGCAGUGCCCUGCGGGACCAGCGCUGCUGCACGGCCUGGCUUCCGGGAGAGAUUUUGCUCCAGAUGCCACAGUACCCACAUGCUGCUCUCGGAGUGGCUUUUGCUGUGACAGGAUCUGCUGCCAGACAAGACCUCUGAUUGUGUGAUGGAAGAGCCAGAGAGUUUCAUUUGGGGGAAAUUGUCGGGAAAACGAAAGCAAACAAGUGGCACCCACACGGGACUUGUGGCAGUUGGAGAGGCCGAUUUUCCCCUCGCAGGUCUCCAUGAUCUAGGUUUUGUUUUACAUACAUGUGUGAAUCUUUUUCCGGCUACCUCCGCUGAGAGAUGGAGACUUGCCUUCAGAUCAGGGGAGCUCAUGAGAAAAACCCUCUAUGCCAAAAUGACUUUUAAGCUAUCUGAAUCGAGCA